GGGGAGGAGUUAGCAGAGCCAGAGAAGGGUCAUAACAAAAUGUGUGUCCCCGACUGACUAAACCAACAUUAUUUCCGCCCUGGUCCGGUGCCGUCCUGAGUAUCUCUGUGAGGAGCUUUUUAAAUGGACUCUAAAACGAGUCGAAGCUGGUUGUUGUUGUGACUGACAGCCGCUCGGUCUGCUCUCCGCCGGUCUCUCCUCACUGUCUGAACCGAAGCAGAGGAUGGAUGGAAACUUUUCACCGGCUGCUAUCUUCUCAGUAGUCCUGCUCACCGUCGUGUUGUCAUCCUCAACAGCUUUCCUGGAGCCUUGCGACCUUUUAUAUGACAAAGCGGUGCAGGCAUUCUCCAACGGGGACUAUACAAAUGUGGUGAGCUACAUGGAGGGAGCGCUCAGCAGCUACACAGAAGUCCGGCACACUAAAGUCCGGUGCCGGUUGAGGUGCCAGGACCAGCAUCCUUUUGAUGAAACCUUCUCGGACAUGCGCUUCACCGACGUGCUGCUCAGGAGAGCGGCGUGUAUGAACACAUGCAUCGAGGAGAAACUUGGCACUCAGUCUGUGCAUAAAAUCAGCGAGGAUGUAGUGCAAGACUUCCACAGGAGGAUCCCCUACAACUAUCUUCAACUGGCUUAUCAGAAGUUGAAGCAGCCUGAAAAGGCAGCAGCGGCGGCUCACACUUAUUUCCAGGCCAACCCAGAACAUGUGGAGAUGGGUCAGAACCUGGAGCAGUACAAAGACCUGCAGGGCGUUAAGGAGGACCACUUUGUGGACCGAGAAGCUCGACCUCACCAGCGCUCCUUCGCGGCAGCAGUGAGGUUGUAUGAUAACGGCGACCACAAAGGAGCCAUCGCUCUGUUCGAAGAGGCUUUGGUGGAGUACUAUAAAGCAGAUUCAGAGUGCCGGGCCCUGUGUCAAUGGCCGCAGAAGUUUGAGGGCCACGACUAUCUCCGCUACCGUUACAGCCUCCAUGAACUCGUAUCAGAUCACUUCACUCAGGUGCUGCACUGUGAACACGAGUGUGUUCGAGACCUCGCCACCCGGCCAGGCCGCCUCUCACCCAUGGAGAACUACCUGCCUCUGCACUACGACUACCUUCAGUUUGCCUACUUCCACGUGGACAGGCUGGAUAAGGCGCUACAGUGUGCUCUGACCUACCUGUUAUUCCACAAGGGAGAAGAGUCCAUGACAGACAACGUGAAUUACUACAGAGAGGUGCUGGCACAUGAUGGCGAGCCAAGAGAGGAAGCUGCAUGGUACCUGAGGAGGCACAAACAGGAACUGGAGCUUCUUCUCAUUGGCAGCAAAACCAUGGGUGUGGAAUUUACAGAAGGGAAUUACUGGAGCAGCACAGGGGGAAGAGAGGACUCAAACAGGAUUCCCUCUGGUACAGAUGGCUGGAUGGAGUAUGUUCCCAUUUCAGAGAAGAAGAACGUCGCUCUCGCUGCUCCACAGCGUCUCAAAGAAGGUGGCCCCUUAGUGUAUGACAGCGUGCAGCUGGUGCAGAACUCUGCAGCCUUGAACGGGACCCAGCGGGUGCUGCUGGAUCAUGUCAUAUCUGAGGAGGAAUGUUUAGACCUCAGACGCCUGGCACAUGCUGUCACCAUGGCAGGAGACGGUUACAGAGGGAAGAUGUCUCCACACACUCCCAAUGAGAAGUUUGAAGGAGCCACUGUACUUAAAACUCUGCAGUAUGGCUAUGAGGGCAGAGUGCCGAUGAGGAGCGCUCGCCUGUUCUACGACAUCAGCGAGCGAGCGAGACGGGUUAUUGAGUCUUACUUCCUGCUCAACUCCACCCUGCACUUCUCUUACACACACCUGGUGUGCCGGACAGCCAUCACAGGACAGCAAGAUCACAGGAAUGACCUGAGCCAUCCCAUCCACGCUGACAACUGUCUGCUGGACCCCGAGGCCAAUGAGUGCUGGAAGGAACCACCAGCAUAUACAUACAGAGACUACAGUGCACUGUUAUAUCUAAAUGGAGAUUUUGAAGGAGGGGAGUUCAUAUUCACAGAAAUGGAUGCCAAAACAGUCACGGCAUCAGUGAAGCCCAUGUGUGGCAGGAUGGUGGGUUUCUCAUCAGGAGGGGAGAAUCCCCACGGUGUGAAGGCCGUCACCAGCGGGCAGAGGUGUGCUGUUGCUCUGUGGUUCACCCUAGACCCGCUCUUCAGAGAACUGGAGAGGCUGCAGGCAGAUGAGGUGAUCCAGGCGUUGGACACACAGUCUGUGUGGGGUCAAGGCCUCAACAUCAACCCUAAAGAUGAACUGUAGAAGCAGAAAAACAGCUUCACCCCAUCCCCUACUAUCAAAUCCUUCUAUAUAUGUUAACUAUUUAUUAAAUUGACCUUUGGAUAAGAACUUUUCUAUUUUUGUACUGUUUGAAGUGCAAGAUUAAUAAUGUUGUUAUUUUUGUGUUGUCAGUUGUAUUUUUUGAAUGUUUCCUCUACACACAAGUACUUGAGUUUACCUUUUGUUCUUUGUCUUUCCCUCCAGUGACAGAUUCUAUUAGAGAAAAAAAAACAAUUUACUUUGUUUUGUUGUACCUGGUGAGUCAGCUGUUUUAUGCAAGACGAUGAUGAUGAUUUUAUCUGUAAUCUCACUGAACUGUGAAGAAGCUAAAGAGAAGAACGGCAGUUGACUUUUUCUUUUUUGCUUUGAGUUGUUCUUGUUCUGGACAACAUAUCCAAUGGGUUUUAUUCAUAAUUCACUAUGUACAGAUGUUAAAAAAUAAUCGUUUUAGUGGUCAGUAGUUUAAAAAAAAAUCACAAAUGGUAGCCUACUGUUACAUAUACUUUUUUUUUUCAGUGCCAGUAAUAAUUUUUUUCAACGUAGCCUGUGCACUGCUUUUCUAAUUUUGGUACCUGAUUUUCAAAAAACACUCAUACAAAGAGUUUAAGAAAGAGAUGUGUUCUAAUAUGCUGAAUAUUUAAUGAUCAUGCACUCUGUCCUUCUCUGUGUGUCAAGUUUGAAACUGAAAAUGUCUUCUGUCUACUUCUCUGUCCACUUUUCCUCUUGUUGGUGUGAUGAAUCACUCCGCUCCUUUCUGGGCACACAGCAGAAUAUACUGGUUUUACAUGCUCACUGGCAUAACAACAUGGUGUUUAUGUUUUACUUUUAUUUAUGUAUUUUUAUGAAUAGACAGCUGCCGUCGUAACUGUCGGCAUUUAAUAUGAGGAACUUUUUUUGAUAAAAGAUGUCAAUCAUUCCUGUUUCAAGGAAUACAUAUUUGUAUCAAUCUUUUAUGUCUUUAUAUUUGUGUUGAUGAUACAGAUGAUAGGCCGAGUCGUGCACUGUAAAUCCAACGGAGAGAAAGGUACAAAGAGUAGCUUUUUUCCUACAUAAAUUCAAACUGCUAACCAAAAACUUAAUCCUGUCGUUUUAUGAGGUUGGCCACUUUUGUUUCACUGAUAUUUAAUUCUGAAAUGCUGUAGCACAGGAAAUGUAUGUGUACAUGCCUAUAAAUUAAAAAUAUAAAACUCCAUAUCUA